GAUAAAAGAGAAGAAAACAAGAGAGAGAGGCGUGCAAGGAGAAGAAAAGAGAGAGAGGCGUGCAAGGAGAAGAAAAGAGAAGAGAAAGAAGACAAGGGAAGAGAAGAGAAGAGAGGAGAGGAGGAGGGAUUUUGGUGUUUGCUUCCAUUUCUAUCAAGAUCGACAAAUUUCUACAGCUGAUUAGGAGACGAGAACAACGUUCAGAAUUGUACACAUCAUUCUACUAUUUAAAUAGUUGGGAAAGUGAGAUAGCUACUCCCGAGGAUGGAAAUUAUAUCUUGCCAUGCUGCAAACCAUUGUUAUAUUGUGAACUUUGGAGGCGUAAAGGACUUGAGUUCACGUCGAUCCAAGCUUCCCAUAGUAAGACAAAGAAGGUUUUUUUGCUUUGUAGUAGAAUCAGGUUUGGGGUCUUCAAGAUACUCUCACCUAGAUAGUUUAAAGUUAAAAAGACUUGACCAACACCGAUCUUCUAGAACAGUUUGUGCUCUUAACAGUUACGAUAAUGUUGAUUCAAGUGUUGUAACUGGAACUAAUAACUCAUAUGUACUUGAUGAAGAAGAGGGUGGAAGCAAUGUGACCGAUAGUGGUAGGUCAAUUCCCAAGGUCUCAAUUCCUAGUUUGCCGGAUGAAGACAAUGGUGACAAUGUAGCUCUCAUUAGCAGCUGUUUCUGGGAAUGGAAGCCGAAAUUCACUGUCCAUUAUGAAACUUCAGGUUCAGAGAAUGUAGGUUCCCCAUCGGUGCUUUUUCUUCCUGGCUUUGGUGUGGGAUCGUUUCAUUAUGAAAAACAGUUGAAAGAUCUUGGUUGUCAUUAUCGAGCAUGGGCUCUAGAUUUUCUGGGUCAGGGCAUGUCAUUGCCAUGUGAAGAUCCAACGAUGCAGUCCAAGAAUGGAAAUAAGUAUAUGUUAGAUCAAGAAAGUAGUGUUUGGGGCUUUGGGGAUGAAAGUGAGACUUGGGCCAAAGAACUAGUUUAUUCAAUCGACUUAUGGCAGGACCAAGUGCGUUAUUUUGUCGAAGAGGUGAUUAAAGAGCCUGUUUAUCUAGUGGGAAAUUCACUUGGAGGGUUUGUGGCACUCUAUUUUGCUGCAUGCAACCCUGAAUUGGUGAAAGGUGUAACCUUGCUCAACGCAACUCCUUUUUGGGGAUUUCUCCCUAAUCCUGAAAGAUCCCCAAGAUUAUCAAGACUCUUUCCAUGGGCUGGAACAUUUCCUCUCCCUUCUGGCGUCAGAAAGUUUAUAGAAAUUUUAUGGCAGAAAAUAAGUGAUCCAAGAAGUAUUGCAGAAAUAUUGAAGCAAGUUUACGCGGAUCACUCAACAAAGGUUGAAAAAGUGUUUUCUCGUAUCAUUGAGACAACACAACAUCCAGCGGCUGCUGCCUCGUUUGCUUCGAUCAUAUUCGCUCCUCAAGGACAAUUAUCUUUUAAGGAAGCUUUAACUAGGUGUCAAAUGAACGGUACACCUAUUUGUCUCAUGUACGGGAAGGAAGAUCCAUGGGUGCGGCCUGUCUGGGGUUUGCAGGUCAAACGCCAAGUUUCAGACGCUCCGUAUUAUGAGAUAAGUCCUGCCGGUCACUGCCCUCAUGAUGAAGUACCUGAGGUUGUGAACUUUCUUCUGCAUGGUUGGAUCCAAAAUCUGGAAUCAAACGGUUCCAUCAUGCUGCCAUUGCUUGACGGCCCAGAAAACACUGAUUGUAAUGUCACUAAGGACUUGGAAUUUAUAAGAGAAGGAUCGCGAAAAUCAGUCAGGGUGCGAUUCUAUGGCAACAAGUUGUCCGUCUGGAGUUGGCUAAGCUCUCAUUUGAAGCCUAAAUUCGAAGAAAUGAUUCACUGAAAUAGUACAUUGUUAGCUGCCAUGUUGAAGAUAAUGUAGAUUUUGUAUAUUGAUGUAUUUGAUGACUAGUGUGCAUAGAAAAGAUUUUUCCAAUAGCAGAAGUUGUAGAUUUGUUGCUUCAAACUUUGAUUCUGUAGUAUGAAUUACAUCCUAAGUUUUGAGUUUGUAAUGAUGCUGCAAAAUUGGAGCUUUUAGGCUUAGA